AUGGGAGGUCGCGGAAGGUCACGAACUCAAAGAAAGCACUUCCGUGACAACAGAGAAAACGUCUGGAAGCGUUCCAAAUCCGAUCCAGAUGCUUCCUUAUCCUCCGAUAAAACUCAAACUACUCAUUGGGCUCCUUUCGCUACUCAGAACCCUUCCUUCGAUUCAUAUUACAAGGAACAGUUAAUAGUCGAUCCACAAGAAUGGGAAAAUUUCAUCACAAUUCUCAGAACACCGUUGCCUGCAUCGUUUAGAAUCAAUGCUAGUAGUCAAUUUGCCGAUGAUAUUCGUUCGCAAUUGGAAAAUGAUUUCGUGCAUUCUCUUCGCGCCGAGGUUGCUGAAGGGGGUGAGACAGAGGCUAUUCGGCCAUUGCUUUGGUAUCCAGGGAACUUUGCUUGGCAUUCCAAUUUUUCGCGGAUGCAGCUUAGGAAGAAUCAAACACUAGAGAGGUUCCACGAAUUCUUAAAGCUAGAAAACGAAAUUGGAAAUAUGACAAGACAAGAAGCUGUCAGUAUGGUUCCUCCCCUAUUCUUGGAUGUGCAUUCAGACCAUUUUGUACUAGAUAUGUGUGCUGCACCAGGUUCAAAAACAUUCCAAUUGCUCGAGAUUAUACACCAAUCAACAAAAGCAGGAUCUCUACCUGCCGGAAUGGUUAUAGCAAAUGAUCUUGAUGUCAAAAGAUGUAAUCUUCUCAUCCACCAAACCAAAAGAAUGUGCACGGCCAACCUAAUUGUUACUAAUCACGAAGCACAGCAUUUCCCAGGAUGCCGUUUAAAAGGGAAUCAAAAAAGAAAGGAAUUAGAUCACAAUAUUCACCAACUGUUAUUUGAUCGGGUUUUGUGUGAUGUCCCGUGUAGUGGAGAUGGUACGCUUCGUAAGGCACCUGAUAUGUGGAGAAAAUGGAAUUCUGGGAUGGGACAAGCGCUUCAUAGCCUACAAAUUUUAAUUGCUAUGCGAGGUUUAUCUUUACUCAAAAUUGGUGGAAGAAUGGUUUACUCUACGUGCUCAAUGAAUCCUAUUGAAAAUGAAGCUGUGAUUGCAGAGGUUUUGCGGAGGUGUGGCGAAUCAGUCAAACUUGUUGAUGUUUCUAGUGAGCUUCCACAACUAAUUCGUCGGCCAGGUCUCAAGAAAUGGAAGGUAUAUGACAAGAGCAGUUGGUUGGUCUCUUACAGUGAUGUUCCCAAGUUUCGUAGAAGUGUAAUUUUUCCCAGUAUGUUUCCUUCUGGCAAAGAAAACCAGGAUCCUGAUAAUGGUAAUUGUAAUGUUCACAUGGAAGAUGACAUUACUAGUGUAGAAAAUGGAAAAGCUGAAGAUGGUGUUGAAGCACUAGAGAAUCCUGUUACGUCCGAGUCUGCUGAUGAAGUUUCAGCUUUUCCUCUAGAACAUUGCAUGAGGAUAUUGCCUCAUGAUCAGAACACUGGGGCCUUCUUCAUUGCUGUGCUGGAAAAAGUUUCUCCUCUGCCAGCUGUUGCGGAAAAACCUAGCAAACACAUUGAUGAACAAAAUAUAGAACCACCAAACCAGAGUCUUGAGAACGCACAAGCACCACAGAUCAAUUCAUCUGACUGCACAAUUGAAGAAGUCUUCAAAGCAGUUCCAGAGGAAAAUAUGAUUGACAAUGUAUCCAAUUCAGAAGAUUUGGAAGUUAGUCCUCUUACACGCGAACGCCAGAAUUCCGAGGAAACUGAAGUGCCACAUAUUGCACAGGACACGGAAAAGAAGGUUCCAGGCAAAAGAAAGCUACAAAUUCAAGGCCAAUGGAGAGGUGUUGACCCUGUUGUCUUUUUUAAAGAUGACACAGUUAUUAAUAGUAUAAGGGACUUUUAUGGGAUUGAUGAGCGUUUUCCAUUCAAUGGCCACCUUAUUACACGUAAUAGUGAUACAAGUCACGUGAAAAGAAUUUAUUAUGUCUCCAAGUUUGUCAAGGAUAUUCUUGAGUUGAACUUCUCAGCUGGGCAGCAACUGAAAAUAACCUCAGUUGGCAUGAAGAUGUUUGAAAGACAAACAGCACGAGAAGGUACUGAUGCACCAUGUGCUUUCCGGAUAUCAUCUGAAGGAUUGCCCCUUAUUCUCCCAUACAUAACAAAGCAAAUUAUACAGGCAUCUCCUGUGGACUUCAAGCAUCUUCUGCAGGACAAAGAUGUAAAAUUUACAGAUUUUGCUGAUGCCGAGUUUGGUAAAAAGGCAGAAAAUCUAUUGCCAGGCUGUUGUGUUAUAGUUAUGGGUAAAGGGAACACAGUUGCUACAGAGUCCCUCAAUGUUGAUGAGUCAACAAUAGCCAUCGGAUGCUGGAAGGGUAGGGCAAGGUUGGCAGUGAUGGUUACUGCAAUGGACUGCCAAGAAUUGCUUGGAAGGCUUUUAAUACGUCUAGACACAGAAAAGGGCUCUUCUGGGCAUGUGGACAAAUCCUCUAAUGGUGUGGGAGGUGAACCCUCUAAAGAAGGUGAACAAUAA